AUGAAUCCUUCGAACUCAGUCCUGGGCAAGUCUUUGCCGGUAUCCUCAUCAACCCAUUCCUCGAACCAGGCAGGGCCAGCGACCUUGAGUUUCGAGGCCUCCCGGCGACCCGGUCAGUCUGGCCCUUCCAACGCCACCCCCGUUCCUCGCAAAGGACAAGCUUCUCGUAAGAAGCAUCGAGACCAGCAUCGCCCCGGGCCCGAACCGAGGACAAAUCGUGGUUUAGACGCCAGCGACGCCAUGGAUGAAAUUCGCGCUGUCAGAAACCCCAACAGUCGACGGGGCCAGACGUCGAUCACGCACCUUCUCAAUUAUUCGAUGCCGCGACCAUACGUAGACCACAGCGCCUAUGCGAGAUCAUAUCGUCGGAAUCCAACCUGGGGUCCUGGGUCAGGGUAUCACGCAUCCGACAAGUCCCGAUACGUGCAUUCAAACUACCGUUUUGUCGUCUCUCCCGAAAUUUCAUACGCCGAUCAUGCGAGCGAUGCCGACCUGCAUCUGGACUGGAACAAUGUCCUGCAAGUCAUUGCGUCUUCACAGUCCCAGGUCACCUCUUGUCCAAUUUGUCUUUCCGACCCUGUUGCUCCUCGGAUGGCCAAAUGCGGUCAUAUUUUCUGUCUUUCAUGCCUCAUUCGCUUUAUGAAUUCAAGCUCGAGUGAGGAAGAAUCCAAGUCCAGUAAAGGGCCGAGGUGGAAGAAAUGUCCCAUCUGUGAAGACUCCAUCUAUUUACAUGAAACUCGUCCAGUGCGAUUCUACGCCGGCCAGGAGAGUCCUCUGCCUCGGGUGGGUGACGACGUCGUUCUUCGGCUCAUGGCAAGGAACGCAGACUCCACGCUUGCCCUCCCAAGCGAAUCUGGAGCCGAGGCCUUCCAUUCCGGAUCAGAUAUCCCAUGGCAUUUUGCCGCGAACGUGUUCGAUUACGCCCGCAUCAUGAAAGGCACAAGCGACUACAUGAUUGAGCAGUAUGACGAGGAGAUUCAAGCUUUAAAGCAGCAGGAGAAGGAGGAUGAAACAUUGUUUGGCCUUGAUGGGGAAUGGACACAGCGGGCGGUCCGAGCAAUUGAGGGUGCAAAGGAGCGCUUGGAACCGUUUAAAGAUAUCACCGCUGCCAGUGUCGUUGCUCCGGGCAAGCUAUCCAACCCCUCGACCGAGGCAGAUUUCUAUUUCUACAGCUCACCGCCGCACCUUUACCUUUCGCCUCUGGACAUUCGCAUUCUCAAGACAAAAUACGGAAACUUCUCGUCGUUCCCGACAACCCUCCUACCUCGAGUCGAACACAUUUCAACCGGACACGUUGUCGACGAUGCCAUGCGCAAGCGAGCUAAAUACUUGGGCCAUCUUCCUCGUGGCUGUGUGGUGACGUUUCUGGAAUGCGACUGGACCGAUAUUGUUCCGGCAGAGACGCUUGAUUCUUUCAAGUCAGAAAUUGAACGACGUCGAAAGCGUAAUCGGGACAAGGCAAUACAGGAAGAAAGGGAGCGCGUACAGGCGGAGCGCAUCGAGGCAGCUUCAAUGCGGGCGGCGGCGGGGUCUCGACACCUUGUUGGACCUUUGGACGACGAGAAGCCGCCCGCUAUGGAUAUGUCGGAGUUUCAACCUCUGGGAGGGCAUAGUGAUGCCACUCCGCCCGACCCCCGUCCCGGCUUCGAAACCUUGGCGUCCAUGUCUACCAGCCCUUCCACACAGAGAACUGUGUGGGGAACUCGUGUCGUGGCGCAGUCUCCUGAACUCGGGGCGACACACAUUGACUCCGGGGAUGAUGGAUGGCUCAAGGACGAAGAUUUCUUGGGCCCAGCUGAGCUAGCGGCCCAAAUGGAAGCUUUGAACGCUUUUGAGAGUGCGGAUACUGGUAAGGGCAAGGCGAUUGCUGGCCCCUCCACCGGAACUCCAAACGGCGCUGGGGGAGGCGGAAAGAAGAAGAAGAAACAGAAGAUCACCCUGAUGAGCACGGGUGGCCGGAGAGGAUUUUGA